GUGGUGAUUUACCUGAAGCGGAACACGUUCUACUAUCUGUUCAACAUCAUCGUGCCGUGCGUCAUGCUGUCUGUGCUCACUCUUAUGACCUUCUGGCUACCUCCAACCUCCGGGGAAAAGGUCACGCUGGGACUGUCCGUGUUUCUGGCCUUCUCCAUGUUCAUGUUGCUCAUAGCGGAGGAAGUGCCGGCGUCGUCGGACGCAGUGCCGCUUAUAGAGUGACACCUGCAAGUACUUCAUCCUGCACGACCACGGGCUGCAUCCCUACCAGACCGGCGAGGCCUCGGGGCGGAAUGGGGACAAAAAUAGAACUCCACAUUGUGCAGGCAAGAAUGGACUGAGCACAUCACAGAAUGACUUCCAGUCCGUCGACGCUCGCGGUAGUGAGUGGGACAACCCUGAUGUUCUUCACUGUCACCAUGGCAACAAGACCGACAACUGUCAUUCCUCCAAUUCUCAGUCGACGAGGACGCCAGAAAUCCAAGUCACCCAACACUCGGAAGAAAUUUCCUCUCUCGAAUCUCCCCAGCAUACUUUGAGUUGGAGGCGUACUAACUGUCCCAACAAGAGGACGAGCGAACCUUUUUGUCCCAACAAGAGGACGAGCGAACCUUUUCCUGCUUCAGACGGCGCGGGCUGUCACCAAGAACAGGGUCAUCCCAACCAGUGCCGCAGUUUCUCGGGGACAGGAAGUUCGAUGCACACCACGGCAGGUCCAGACAACUGUGAGGCUCGCUGUGAGACUGUCGCGUCGUCGCCUGCCGACACUGGCGGGAGAGACUUUGUCUUCCACCACGCGUCUGCUCGGACCAAAGACCCGCGGAUGACAGAUCCUUUGGCAGACGCCCCCUCGUCCCCACCAGCACUCUCAGCAGCUCACUGGGAGUCUGGUUCAGAACCGAGUCCGGCUGAAGGCUCCAGGCAAAGUUCUCCCCGGCGCGUUGACCCGAGUCUUGUCCUUGACCUUCAGGAGCGUUGCUCCGUCUCUGCCGGGACUUGUGCCGACCAGGCGGGGAAACACGUCUGCGACUGCUGUAACGACGAACAAGUCUGGGUUCUACGUGAAGAUCUGGCCGUCUCAAAUGAAGGCCGGGCCUGCAGUCCAGACACAUCCGGCCGGCCCCAUCCGAGCGACGCGGACUCCCGGGCAAGUUGUGAACAAGACGAUGAUCGGAGAAGGUGGAGGAAGGUCAACGGUCGGUCGCUGACCCCGUUCCGCUCGGGGCGAAUCAGGAGCAGUGGCAGAGUGAGGAGGCUGAGCGGACAAAGCGAGUACGAGAGGGUGCAAGUGGAGAUGAGGAGUGAGGAAGUUGUGCUAACCACCAAGUACAUGAUAGCGGAGUGGUGCACCAUCGCUCAGGUCAUCGACCGCCUGCUCUUCCUUCUCUCUCUCCUCCUCACCGUGUUCGCGUACGUGUUCAUCCUGGUGGUGCUUCCCUCCGAACACGACCCAGGGGCAGAGAACUCCGCGUUCACACACUCCCUGCACGCCGCACAUUACAUGCGGAGCAGCUAAGCCAAAGCUGGAGCUGCAAAGUCAAACUGAGAGAAGUUAAGUCAAACUGAGAGAAGUUAAGUCAAACUGAGAGAAGUUAAGUCAAACUGAGAGAAGUUAAGUCAAACUGAGAGAAGUUAAGUCAAACUGAGGACAAUUUAGGCCAAACUUGAAGCUAGUAAAGGUCACAAAUUUCUGUUAUUUCUAACUGAAAGAGUAACGCCACAGACACUCCACAUAUUGACGAUCUGUGCAAUAAAAUCACUGUCUUUGAUGAAA